AUUCAUUAAUUAAUAUACAAUAUAUUAUAUUCUCUUAGCUUGUUGAGACAUUUAUAUAAACCAAUUAAACAAGUUACAACUCCAUCUUGACAUAGACACUUGCUGAAUUAGAAUCUUCAGAAAGAGAGAGACAAAUAGAUUAUUGAAGAAUUUGAACUUUAAAGGUCAUGGCAAUUGGGUUCAUGGAGGUGCAGCUUCUCAAAGCAAAUGACCUCAAAGUCACAGAUUUUUUUGGGAAGAUAGAUCCAUAUGUUGUGAUACAAUACAGAGGGCAAGAGCAAAGGAGCACAGUUGCUAAUGGGCAAGGAAGAAAUCCAACAUGGAAUGAGAAAUUUAUGUUCAGAGCAGAGUACCCAACUGGAUCUGGAGAUCAAUACAAGCUUAUUCUCAAAAUCAUGGAUAAGGACACUUUUUCUAAGGAUGAUUCUCUUGGCCAAGCCAUAAUCUAUGUUAAAGAUUUAUUGGCCCAAGGGAUAGAGAAUGGAGGUGCUAAGCUACAAGCUCUCAAGUAUAGAGUAAUUGAUGAAAACAACUCAUAUUGUGGUGAAGUUGAUGUUGCCAUAUCUUUUACCCCAAAGGUGGAAGAGAAAUUUAUUGGUGAAGACAUUGGAGGAUGGAAAGAAAGUUGCUAUUAGCAAAUAGCAAGGCUAGCAUAUUCAUAUUAGUAUAUAAUAUACAACCUAACUUAGAUGUUCUUACUUCUAGAAUGGUUAUUUAUGUAAUAAUAUAAGAUCGUUCACUUUCUAAUGCCAUCAUGUUUUCAUUCUUUUUGACAA